AAAAUGCCUUGUAACACAGGCGGGUACCAGCUGUUGCUUUUCCUCUGCGUUCUGUUGAAGAACUGUCAAAGUGUCAAAAAUGAUGCCACCGAAACGUUCAAUGCCAGUAUGGUCACCUCAUUCCUGGAAACUCCUAACAACGUCUCUUUAAAUCGAGCACGGAAUGGAGGAAGACGCACGGAAAACAGACCACAAGCUGAACAGAGCCAGGUUGGCUGCAGGGAGCUGAGAUCCACCAAGUACAUAUCUGAUGGGCAGUGCACCAGUCUUAACGCUGUAAAGGAGUUAGUAUGUGCCGGGGAAUGCCUUCCGACUCAUCUGCUGCCUAACUGGAUUGGUGGAGGUUACACGGGCCGCUACUGGGGCCGGCGGGACGCUCAAGAAUGGCGCUGCGUGAACGACCGCAUGCGGACCCAGCGCAUCAGGCUUCAGUGCCAGGACGGCAGCACACGCACCUACAAAAUCACCGCUGUUACGUCUUGCAAAUGUAAGCGCUACACGCGACAAUACAACGACUCGGCGUUAAAAUUCGACAGCUCCACAAGCGCCCAGCCUGUUAAAAACCCCAAAACGAAGAAGAAUCGAGGCAAAAGUGCAGAAGUGUAGCAGAUUAAAACGAAACGUUAAGUGAGGGGGAUCCCAUUUUUUUCUGAACGAAAAUCAGUUCAUUUUGGAAGGACAAUGACCUAUGAUGGUAUGAAUUUAGACAACACUGACUUGUGAUAAUAUACAGAAGUGCAGCUGGUUUGUGUGAUGUGGACUAUUGUGUAGUGUGUGUGUGUGUGUGUGUGUGUGUGUGUGCGCGCACGUGCCUGUUCCUGAAGUAAUUAAAGGAAGAAAAAAGUUCAAGUGCCCAUUUUAUACAAGGACACAUUUAGCCAUACAAGGGAAUACAAUUAGUCUUAAACAGCACUAGUACUAUAGAGGUAUAACCAAUAUUUUUGCAGUGGCACUCUUUAAAUUAAUAUUUGUAUGUUCAGUAUUUUUCAUAAUAGGAAAAAUGUAGUCGUGAAAUACUCUGUAUAAC